AUGGUUUAUAUCCGGCAACAGCAGUUGCCUAACCUCAAGACAUAUCGAUAUGCGGGAGUAGAUCACUCGUUGAUCAGUCGAUAUGUCCUCAAGCCGUUCUACAGCAACUGCGUAAUCGACUGCUUCCCCAUGAGCAUGGCCUUUCCGCUUCCUCCUUUGCUUAGGCCUAAUGCCAUUACCCUGACCGGGUUUAUGUUCGUGGUAAUCAACUUCAUCACCGUGUUAUGGUACAACCCCACGUUAGAUCACGAUUGCCCGCCAUGGGUCUAUGCCAGUUGCGCCAUUGGGUUGUUUCUCUACCAGACUUUCGAUGCUGUAGACGGCAUGCAAGCGCGGAGAACAAGGCAAAGUGGUCCUCUUGGGGAGCUGUUCGACCACAGUGUCGACGCAUGCAACACUGCCUUGGGAGUGGUGAUCUUCGCUGGCGUGACCAACAUGGGCCAGACCUGGGCUACUAUCCUGAGUCUUUUUGGAGCUACUAUGGCCUUCUACGUCCAAACAUGGGACGAAUAUUACACUCAGGUGCUGACACUUGGCAUCAUCUCUGGGCCCGUUGAGGGAAUCUUGACCCUUUGCACCGUGUUCGCAUUUACUGCCUAUCAGGGCGGCGGUAGCUUCUGGCAUCGUCCCAUGCUCGAGACCCUUGGCGUCCCCAGGCUGGAUUCAGUUCCCGAAAAGCUAUACGAAAUGCCCUUCACGCAAUGGUACCUUAUCUACGGCGCUAUUAUUCUCUUCUUUGCCACCGGAUCUAGCAUUGUGCAUGUUAUGAAGGUUCGAUCCGAGCGUGGAUUGGACCCUAUCAAGCCUCUAUAUGGGCUGAUUCCCCUGGUGACGCUGUGGGCACUUGUGCCUGCCUACCUGUACCUGCAGCCCGUGAUCCUCGAGGUCUAUACGGUUCCGUUCAUGCUGUUUGUUGGCCUGAUCAACGCGUACGCAGUGGGCAACAUGAUCGUUGCCCACUUGAUCAAAGCCGACUUUCCCUUCCGGAACAUCUUCAUCGGCAUUGCUCCUCUGGCUUUUGGUGUGCUUGACAGUGCUGGCCCGUUCUUUGGGCUUUGGCCCAGCGCUUUUGGAGACGGAUCUGGCCAUGUUUCAUACGUCUUUGCGUGUCUCGGUCUGUUAAUUGGUGUCUACGGAAGCUUCGUGCACGACGUGAUCACCACGAUAUGUGACUACAUCGAUAUCUGGUGUUUGAUCAUCAAGCACCCACACGUGGAGGAGCGUCCGGCCGUGAACGGGCAAACCAAGAAGAUCAACUAA